ACGUGCUUUGCCGUUGACUUUUUGUUUUUGUAUAUGCUAGUGCUUCAAGACCAGAUAGGUUAUUAUAAAGAACAAGAACCAACAAAGAUCAUUCAAACAUCACACAUUCAUCAAAUGGAAGCUCAAACUAUCAUUCUCUAUCUCUUACUCUUCUUCCUAUCUCUAAACUUCGUGUUUCAAACUCUAAAACAACGGCUGAGUCCGGCAAAUACACGACGGCUAACCCGUUUCCUCCACCUCCCGUUCAAGCAUCCCGCCGUUUUCGCCAGACAGGAUGUCCAUGAGUUUCUUGAUUCCUCAACCCAAGUAGAGAACAACGAAGACGAUUCCGAGUUCGACUUCAAACCUUACAUGAAAACCAAAGCCGAGUCAAUAAACAGAGCGCUAGACAAAGCCAUCCCACUGGUGGAGCCUCUCAACAUCCACAAGGCAAUGCGCUACGCCAUCCUCGCCGGCGGCAAACGCGUCAGACCAAUACUCUGCCUCGCGGCCUGCGAGCUAGUCGGAGGGGAAGAGCGUUCGGCGGUUCCGGCGGCGUGCGCGGUCGAGAUGAUUCACACAAUGUCACUCAUCAAAGACGAUCUCCCUUGCAUGGACAACGACGACCUCCGGCGAGGGAAGCCCACGACGCACAAAGUCUUCGGAGAAAGCGUCGCGAUUCUCUCCGGCGGCGCGCUCCUAGCUCUGGCCUUCGAGCAUUUGACGGAAGCUGACGUGUCGCCUGAGAGAAUGGUUAGGGCGGUUAGAGAGCUGGCGAAGUCUAUAGGGACGAAAGGGCUCGUGGCGGGACAAGCGAUGGAUUUGAGCAGCGAAGGGUUGGAUCAAAACGACGUCGGGUUGGAGGAGCUUGAGUUUAUUCACGUUCAUAAAACCGGUUCGUUGCUUGAGGCAUCGGCGGUUAUCGGAGCGGUUAUUGGAGGUGGUUCGGAGGAAGAGGUUGAGAAGGUGAGGAGGUUCGCGAGGUGUGUUGGGUUGUUGUUUCAGGUGGUUGAUGAUAUUUUGGAUGGGACUAAGUCGUCGGAGGAGCUGGGGAAGACCGCCGGGAAAGAUCAGGUGGCCGGAAAGCUGACGUAUCCGAAAGUGUUGGGAGUUGAGAAAAGUAAAGAGUUUGUUAAGAGGUUGAAGAAAGAUGCGAGGGAACAUCUUAAAGGGUUUGAUUCGGACAAAGCGAAACCUUUGGUAGCUCUUGCUGACUUCAUUGCCAACAGAGAUAACUGAAUUUGCAUGCUGAAAAGAUAAUCAGAUAUACUUUUUGUUGUGGAGGAUGUUAAAUUAUUUAAAUCAAAAUAUACAAUUGUGAAAACGGUUAAAAUUAGCUGUUUGAUUGGGACUUAAAUAGAUAUUUGUUCUCUUAUCAUGUAAAAUUACAUAAAAUAAAUUGGUUAAUUGGAAAUUAAGAUUAGUGUUACUGUUCAAGAUGAAAUAGUAUGCAUCUCUUGUUGUAGUGCUUGUGAUAGAUGGCUUUAGCAACAAGAGGAAAGAACAUGACUUUUUUUUUUUAAACUCUAUGAUAUCUAAAUUAUGACAUUAAUCAACUGAGUUGAGUAGUUUGUGGACUCCCCCAUCGUAGCUCAAUGGAUCCCUGGAAACAAAUGAUGACUUCUCCGUCUGUCUGAUUGAUAAGUUGUGGUACUUUAAUGCCACAUAUGUGAUGCAGAUUAGAUAUAAUUUGGUCUCAACAAUUAUAACAUGCUUGACGUUUUCUUUUUGGUCAAGGACAUAAUGUGGUUGAAUAAAACAUCUAAGAAAACUAUUAAUACAUAUAAAAGGUUUUAUAUUUCAUGGUCCAAGGCUCAUGCUAAAGCAUAAAAUCAGACACGUUCUAGCCAACGUUAUAGAUCAUUUAACCCAUUUGAGUAACACAUG